AUGGUAAGGCUCUGGAAUGCAGCCCUUAGGCAGCCUUUCGGAGUGAAACUUGGUGGUUUAUGGAAUGCCCAUCCAAAAUUUACAAACAGGACCGUUCUGGUCGAAAACAACGACGUCGACGGGGCCUUUACUUUGCUGAAUAAGUAAGAAAUGGUACAUCUUUAUGGAUUUUUUAGAUUGAUGGAUAAAGAAGGCUUAAUGAAGAUCAUCAGAAACACUCAAUACUACAUCAAACCUUGCCAACAACGGAAGCAAUUGUCCAUUGAAGCGUCCCAAGCCAUUGUUAGGGAGGAUUUGAAUCGAAAAAUGAAAUUUUUAAUGAGAAAAAACCGUGUUGAUGCGUAUCCUGGUCAGAUUACAGCAUAG